UUCCACACGUGAUUUGAUUGGAUUGAUUAAGCUCGCCAAGAGUUGGCGCACUCCGCAAAGCCGCAAGCAUGGCUGCUCGUCUGUGCUCCUCAGCGAAGUUUUUGAUUCCAGCCCGGCACCUAACCCGCAGCUAUGCCUCCACAAGCGUACCAACCACAAAAAUGUUCAUCAAUGGACAGUUUGUAGACUCAAAGACAACAGCGUGGAUUGAUCUCAGAAAUCCUGCAACCAAUGAGCUGGUAACACGGGUUCCAAAAUGCACAGACGAGGAGAUGCAGACGGCAGUGAGUGUUGCCAAGGAGGCGUUCAAGUCCUGGUCGCGGACCUCCAUCCUCGCGCGACAGCAGUCAAUGUUCAAGCUGCAGCAACUUAUCAAAGAAAACAUGAAACGUCUGGCAGCUAACAUAACGGAAGAACAAGGAAAAACGUUAGCAGACGCGGAAGGCGACGUCUUACGAGGACUUCAGGUUGUCGAGCAUGCUUGCGGUGUAGCAUCCCUCCAGCUGGGCGAAACUCUACCAUCAGUCUCGCGUGACAUGGACACAAUGUCGUACCGUGUUCCUCUAGGGGUCUGUGCAGGAAUUACACCGUUCAACUUCCCGGCCAUGAUUCCACUCUGGAUGUUUCCACUCGCGUUGGUCUGCGGAAACACAAUGAUCAUCAAGCCCUCGGAACGUGACCCUGGCGCUACUCUCAUCCUCAUGGAACUCCUGAAGCAGUGCGACGUUCCUGAUGGCGUCGUUAACGUCAUUCAUGGCCAGCACGAAGCUGUAAGGUUCAUCUGCGACCAUCCCGACAUCAGGGCCAUCUCCUUUGUGGGCUCUGACACUGCUGGAAAGUUUAUCUACGAGCGUGGCUCAAAGAAUGGCAAGCGCGUGCAGUGUAACAUGGGAGCCAAAAACCACGGAGUGGUGAUGCCAGACGCAAACAAAGAGUACACCUUGAACCAGCUCGCUGGAGCUGCGUUUGGAGCAGCUGGUCAACGCUGUAUGGCGCUGUCGACCGCAGUCUUUGUCGGCGAAGCCAGAAAGUGGAUCCCCGAACUGGUUGAGAGGGCAAAGAAACUCAAGGUCACUGCUGGCCACGAGCCGGGAGCAGACCUCGGACCCGUAAUCUCGCCCGAAGCAAAGAACCGCAUCUGUGACCUGGUUGAAAGCGGAGUCAAGGAAGGAGCUAAGCUGCUCCUUGAUGGGAGGGACAUUAAGGUUCCUGGUUACGAAAAAGGGAACUUCGUCGGCCCAACCAUCCUGGACGGGGUUCAGCCUUCCAUGAGGUGCUACCAAGAAGAGAUCUUCGGUCCAGUCCUCCUGACCAUGGGAGCCGAUACACUGGACGACGCCAUACAGGUGAUCAACGACAACCCGUACGGAAAUGGAACUGCAAUCUUUACCACAAACGGAGCCACCGCACGCAAGUACACGCAGGAGAUCGAUGUUGGACAGGUGGGAGUCAACGUUCCCAUCCCCGUGCCUCUACCCAUGUUUUCGUUCACUGGGUCUCGAGGCUCCUUCCUCGGAGACGCCAACUUCUAUGGAAAGGCUGGCCUGAACUUCUACACCCAACUGAAGACAGUGACGCAGCUAUGGAGACAACAGGACUCAACGGAUUCUCGUACCGCAACCGCCAUGCCAGUCAUACGCUAAACAUCCCCUCAUCUGUUAAUAAAUACAUCUUGUUAGUUUUUCA